GUGGGCGAGAAGCGCCAUCUGUCGGGCUGUGCGAGUUUGCCUGCGAGCGGUAAUUUUAAAAACAAAAUGGAGGACAUCGUCCAAAGUAGUGUGGAAAGUGGUGCUGCUGUGUUCACGACUAAUUAUCGCCAGUCUGAUGAAAUGAGGAAUAAGUGUGUGGAGAAAUGCCAUAGCUCUGACAUCCCCGUAUGGUCGGAGAAACCUGAUACUGCAGUGGCCAGGCGUGCUGUUUUUAGACAGAAGCAAGAUCACAUUAUGCUGACUCCUAGCGACAGGCGCAAGCGUACAAACCCACACUGGCUCAUGAUGUCAGAUAGUAUUGGCUCGCCCUCCUACCCAUCGCCGCUGGACCGGAUACGGUCAGGCAAGCGGGAGCGGGCCGCCCAGCUGGGUUUAAGCCUCUCCAUCGAAGAGCCAUACGAAGCCAACCAGUCACUACCUGCGAUGAGAAAACUGGGCAGUAGUCCUUGCGUGGAAUUUGAUCCUGGGGCUGGUGAUACCAAACUCGCACUCAGGAGGUUCAAAGGCGAUGCUCUCAACAGCUUCUGUUUCUCACCUCCACCUUGCAAGACAUCACUGCAUGCAUCUCUGGAGAGACAGAGGAGCACCUGCAUUCGCUCAUUCGGCCAUAGCUGGGACUUCUUUGAGUUUGUUGGUGGAACAAAGGCAACCGGCUCCGUUCCCAGCCACAUCCGCAAUCCUAACAAGGCCGUCGUGACGCUGAACGGGCGGACGUCGGAGAUCCUCAUAGCCAACGAGAUGGCAUGUGAGCUGUUUGGCUACUACAAGGACGAGCUCAUUGGAAUGCCACUGUCGGAUCACUUCAAAUGCAAGCAGAAGCAUGAGGCUCUUAUGGAGAACCACCUCGAGUCGACGGGUGAAGUCGUCAUGGUCUCUGGCAAAGUUCUAGAGGCAGUUGACUGCAAUGGGCAAGUAAUCCCCGUCUCGCUGUGGAUGAAGAUGCUUAAGACGGGAGAUGAUCCACGCUGUCUUGCUAUAAUGGAGCCUGUAGAGCGAAUAACUGCCUAUAUCGUAUUCGACAGCACGGGCACAAUCUUGUGUGCCGACCAGAAGAUGGCAUGUCUGCAUGGUUACACCUCACCUUCUGAAGUAGAAGGCGAAAAUAUCCAUCAACUAAUUCCGUCACUCACCAUGCCAAGUUCAGGAUCCUCCAUACCAAAGGCAAUUAGAAAGCAGAGAGCUACAGGACGAACUAAACACAGCACCACGUUCCCAUUGUCGAUUGCACUUUGGACAGAUGAGGAUUUAAAAAACCCAAAGUUUGCAUCAUACAUCAAAGAAGGAUCUGUUGAUUCAGCAAAUUCUCGCUGCGAUAGACAAAACUCCACCACAAGCACUACAAGCAUUAGCGAGUUGAUGCGACAAAGCUCAAUUUCAAGCACAGGCAGUGUUGACAGAGUUCAACUUAUUCGAGAAAAGGAUGGAGCCAACGAAGAAUUUAACAAGGAAGAGGGAAAAGUGGAAGUGUACCAUGCCACGGUGUGGGUGUUCACCAACAUCAGUGGCAUGCUUACGUUCAUGCCUGAUGGCACCAUACACAGCAUCAAUGACAACUUUUCUCUGAUGCUGUUCGGCUACACACAGCAAGAACUUGUGGGAGAGCGUAUCACGUACAUCAUUCCUGGUUUCUAUGAUGACAUGGCUUCACUAAAAGUAAAUUCCAUACCGUUUCCACCUGUUGACGAUGAGAUGGAGUUGUGUGGAAGAGACUGCCACCAUUGUCCUCAACACGACAUCUCACAGCCAGAUUUUUCCCCUGAAGUGCUCGACGUCGAACGUGCAAGAUCCGUGGACGCCAUCACCAAUACAGAGGCUUCACAUGAGCAUGCGUCAGUAGAUUUACAGAUUAAAGGAUCAACUUGUCAACUGUGUGAACAACGCUCGAGUGAGAUUGGAAUGCUUGACCCGGCCAGUGGUACCUCAGCCAACAGCCAUUCCUCUGCCACCAUGUGGCUCUCCCCUGACAGUCAGCCCUCCUGCCAUAGUCAUUUCCCUUUUAGCAACCAAUCUUCGCCACCCAGCUCAGCUAGUCGGCUUCCUACCAAAAGCCAACCAUCACCCCGUAGACAGACCUCUCCUAUGAAGUGGCCGAGGACCGUGGGAAAGUCCUCGUGUGGCAGGCACACAUUUUCUGGCCGCCGCCUCCGUCAGGCAGUGGCCUGUCGGCAUGCUGCAGCGGCGCCAGCGCUGCAAGCGACGUCGACGCCAUCGAAGGUGGACGCAAACGGCGAUCGAUUGCCGCCAUCAACGUUAGAGAAGCCAGCAGAGGGCGCUGAUAAUGUCGUAUACGAAGGGAGCUGCUCUGGACAGGGCCGGCAUAAGGAUGGCUCUUACAUAGGCAUACUUUAUCAGGUUAAGAGGGUGGAGUUUGAGCAGGGGCAGUCAAUUUACUGCAUAUGGGUUACCCGUGACCCUUCAGAUACCCUGGCUCAAUCAAAUACCACAGGUUGUAGCAGUCAUAACAACACGAUGGACUGGUCGAAGCUGUAUGGAUGUCAAGAGGGAACAACGAAAGUUGACACUGAUGUUGAAGCCGUGAAUCCUGGUACAGGCCGCUACGGCGAGCUGUAUGAGAGCAUUUAUUCUAUAGGCAAGGGCGGCUUUGGAUUUGUACAGCUGGCACGAAGACUAAGUGAUAAUCAAAUGGUGGUUACAAAGUUCAUUACCAAGAGGAAGGUUCUUAGUGAUUCGUGGCUGGAUGACGAGGAACUUGGCAGAGUACCAAUUGAGAUUAGUUUGCUCAAUUUAUUAUCACAUCCAAACAUUGUUCAGAUGUUAGAAGUGUUUGAGAAUGAUUACUUCUAUCAAGUAAUUAUGGAGCAGCAUGGUUUAGGCAUGGAUCUGUUUGAGUUCAUUGACCGACGACCACUACUAGAUGAACCUAUAUGUAGCUACAUAUUCCAACAGAUUGUAUCUGCUGUGGCAUACCUGCAUAACUUGGGAAUUAUACAUCGUGAUAUCAAGGAUGAAAACAUCAUACUGAAUGAAGAAUUCCAUUGCAAGUUGAUUGAUUUCGGAGCUGCUGCCUACCUAAAGCCAGGGAAACUGUUUAACAAAUUCUUUGGCACUAUUGAAUACUGCAGCCCUGAAGUAAUUCUUGGCAACAAGUACAAUGGACCUGAAUUAGAGAUGUGGUCGUUGGGAAUUACACUUUAUACGCUGCUGUUUGGCGAGAAUCCGUUUUAUGAUGUCGAGGAAACGAUAAAAGGAAUUCUGAAACCUCCAUUUGUAGUUUCAACAGGUUUGAUGCAGCUCAUCUCGUGGCUGCUGCAUCCCUCAGUGCCGUGUCGGUGCAAAAUGCCAGAGCUACAGAACCACGAGUGGCUCAGUCUGCCCAUUAACAUUGCUGACUACAUCUGGGAAGAAAUUGUACCCGACGCUGGAAAUGUCAACACUGAUAGUGAUGAUGAUGAUGCUGAUGGUGACGAUAACGAUGAAGUAAUGGCUAUUCUGCUGCAGCAACAGCUUGACCUAUGUGAUAAUGAUCAGACUGAACUCUGAUGUCGGAAACAACACCACACAUGUAUAGGUAACCGCAUCGUAUAAAAGUAAAAUAUAUGUAAUAAAAUGCAGAGAAUAUAUUGAAAUAUGUUUUGUAAAUUUGCUAGUGAAAAUAAUAUGUAACUGAUAUGCUAUUUCAAUACAUUCAUGUACGUCAGCUACUACAUAUGAAUGUGCAGCCAUCGGGAUCACUAGAGUUGUAGUGACCACAAAUUUCGUCAAACGUAGAAACAAAUAGCGUAACCAGAAAUAAUAAUAAUUAAAAAAAAAGGUGUAUUGAAUAUA